CACUCCUCGGACACCAUCAAAUGAUGCUCUUUGGAAAAGUUUCCUGGCAGUUAUGUGGCUUAAAGAAACUCCCAUGGUCAUAUGACUCCAGAUACUUCUGGGGCUGGUUGAAUGCAGUGUUUAAUAAAGUAGAUUAUGAACGCAUCAGGGACGUGGGCCCUGACAGGGCAGCAUCCAAGUGGCUGCUGUGGUGUGGAGCCAUGGUGCGCUACCACGGUCAGGAGAGGUGGCAGAAGGACUACAACCACCUCCCUACAGGGCCUCUGGACAAAUAUAAGAUUCAAGCCAUCGAUGCUACCAACUCUUGUAUCAUGAGAAUUGGAUUUGAUCACAUGGAGGGUCUAGAACAUGUUGAAAAAAUAAGACUGUGCAAAUGUCAUUAUGUCGAGGAUGAGUGUUUGCAGAAACUUAGUCAAUUUGAAAAAUUACAGAAAAGCAUAUUGGAAAUGGAAAUAAUUUCCUGUGGGGAAUGUCACAGACAAAGGCGUCAUUGCUCUGUGUCGUUUAAGGUACCUCAAAUAUUUGUUGUUAAGUGA